UAUAUUUAUGUGUCUAUAUAUAUAGCGCGACCUAUUCUUGUUAUCUCGUUGCUAAGUAUCCCCUUGACAUAAAGCCGACAUCGAAUGAAUGCUACCCCUCUCGCCGUACCCGGAAAGAUAAAAAUAAAUAUAAAUAUAGCAAGUUUUCGUACAACCGGAAACCAAUUGACAAAGCGCCCCGAGGCUUCAAGUAUGGCAGAUGGUAGUAUGUACUUUCUGCUUAGAGGCGAAAUGAUUGAUAUUAAACUGACCAAUCAGCGGUUCCAGACGCCACUGGCUGAGGAAAUCGUCCGUAAGCCAAGCGUAUGCUCCAGAUACAGACUUUCUUCGAACAAUGUUCUCCAUGAAUUAUAUCAUCUUCCGUUAAGCUAGACAAAGGCUAAUAGCACAUUAUACGUGAUGAAUCAGGAGAAUCUGCCCCUGGAACUACCUCGUCUACCCGUUUGUGCCUCGCCGGCCCUGUCCGCUACUGCCCGCUGGCAGGCAGUGGUCCGCCGAGAUGCAACAGCCGAAUCAUUUGUGUACGCUGUGUUAACGACCAGAAUAUAUUGCCGGCCAUCGUGUCCAGCUCGCCUCGCCCGGAGAGCAAAUGUCCGAUUUUACGAUACACCCUCACAAGCCGAAAAAGCAGGUUUCAGACCCUGUAAGCGCUGCAGACCACAAACCUUGCUAGCGGUUAAUCCUCAGGCCCAAGUGAUACAGAGGGCAUGUAAAACCAUCCAGUCAGAGAUAGCGACUGGCUCCAAACCGACACUGCGGGAACUUGCCAGCCAGGCAUGCCUGACACCAAGCCACUUCCAUAGGGUGUUCAAAAAGCUCGUGGGCGUCACGCCUGGGCAAUAUGCUGUUGCCAUCCUGAAGGGCGCCCCUAGGGGUCCUCUUGAUGACUGCAGCCGAAUUUCGAAUAUUACAGAAUUUAAACCAUGCGGUGUGGGCUCCGAUGAUCAUAAGCCCUUCUCUCCUGGCGGCUUGGAGGGUGAUGGCAUGUUCGAUUCUGGAGAUACUAUUCACUGGAAUGAUUUUGACGCUUUGAUAGCCGCGGAGGCUGAGUAUGAGUCUGUGUUCGAUGCCCAAUUUAUGAAGGACUUCAUCUCGUUUCCCAAGGAAGAUGCUGCUGGUACCGCUGAGCACCAUAGCCAAGAUAUUGGGGAUGCCCUGUUGCAACUCGAACAAGCAAGUCGCCUGGACAAGGGCAUUCCCCUCGCAAGCGUGGAGACUACCAUGCCAUCCUGAAAUAGUGGCUUGCUUCUCGACGGGUAGGGUUCUCAUAGCUCGACACAACCAGGACGGCGGUUAGCCUGUGUUCGUUCUGCUGAACACCUGCCCAUUGAUCCAAGGAAAGGGAGAAAGAGUGAAAUAGGAGGAGAACAUCCCGUGUACUAAAUACUCUAGGUUUAGUAUGGGCUAAUCGCUCCACCCAGUCUCGCAGGGGUUCUCAAGAGUCAGAUGGUCAACCUGACGUAGAUGGUUAGAGCUGGGCCACCAUGGUUAGUGCUUCUGGGGUACAGGAGUGAUAUGCUUUCCCAAUCGUCAACCCCAACAUGUACAUUACAGGUGAAUUCCAGGUUGUAUUGAAAAGUAUGGAGUUUGUGUAUCGAGAUGGAGUCUACCCACUUAAAUACGGAGUAGUUCGCCUUGUUUAUCUCUUUCGCAUCACGAUCUGCAGGUGUAACCCAC